GUAGCAGCAACACGGGGCAUGUGUUUUUUAACACCCUGGCAUAUAUUUUCUCAAUUUGCUCAUAGGGCAGGAAAAUUUGAUUCGUAGUUAAAGAAGGGUACUCCCACUUCCCUUUUUCUCAUUUAGUGAUACAUCCUGCUCUUUUCAAAAGACAGUUUCUCGAAGCUGCUCCUUCAGGCUGGUGUGAUCAAAACCAAACUUUUUAUCCUGAGCAAACCUCUCUCUGGUCUCAAUCCUGGGCUAGGUCUUCAUGCUGCUGUGGGCGUCACUGCUGGUUCUGGCUCUCAUCAGUGGAAGAUUUGCAACACUUCCCAGGCCUGUGAUUUCCCUCCAGCCUCCGUGGAGCCCAGUCUUCGAAGGAGAAACAGUGCUUCUGACUUGCAAUGUAUCUGACUUAAACACACCAGGGAAAAUAACAUGGUACUAUAAGAACAGAAAGCAUGAAGCCACGGGAAACACCAUCAGUGUUAAUUUACCUGGAGAGUACCAGUGCCAGAUCCAGAACUCAGCCACCAGUAAGCCUGUGAAUUUGGAAUUUCCAAAAGCACCACUAAUCCUACAGGCUCCGGUCUCUGUGUUUCAAGGAGACUCCGUGGUUUUGAGAUGCCAGACAAACGUGGAUGUAGUGCUGGGUAAUCUGAAAAUCUACAAGAAUAGAAAAAUGCUGACAGCCCUUAACACCAGCACAAAAUUCCACAUUCAUCAAGCAAGUCUGAAGGACAAUGGUGAAUAUAUUUGUAAAGGAGUUAAGGGAUCUGGGACACGCGUUUCUUCAAACACAGUGAAAAUCCAAGUUGAAGAAUUGUUUCCACCUCCUGUGCUGACAUCCCGAUACUCCCAGCUCACUGAGGGGACCCUGGUGACCCUGACCUGUGAGGUACAACUCCCUCCACAGAGGUCAGACACCCAGCUCCAGUUCCGCUUCUUCAGAGAUGGACAAGUCCUGGGGUCAGGCUGGAGUCAUUCCCCGGAAUUCCAGAUCUCUGAGGUGUGGAAAACAGGCUCUUACUCGUGCAAUGCAAAGACAGUGACUUCCAAUGUGUCGAAACAGAGUCGGGGAGUCCAGAUACAUGUACGCAUACCUGUGUCUCGGCCUGUCCUCACUCUCAGUUCUCCUGGGGCACAGGCUCUCGAGGGAGACAUAAUAUCACUUUACUGUAAAGCCCACAAAGGAACUCCCAAUAUCCUGUACAAGUUUUAUCAUGAGGGUGUCGUCCUGAAGAGGAACUAAUCCGAUGGAGAAGGAGCGUCCUUCGUGCUCCCUCUGACCACAAAGAAUUCUGGGAAGUACUACUGCACAGCUGAAAAUGGCUUUGGUGCCCAGCCCAGUGAGGCUGUGAGCAUCCUUGUCACUAUUCCAGUGUCUCACCCAGUCCUUACCCUCAGGGCCCCCAGGGCCCAGGCUGUGGUAGGCGACAUGGUGGAGCUUCACUGUGAGGCUGAGAGAGGCUCUCCCCCAAUCCUGUACCGAUUCUAUCACAAUAAUGUCACCCUGGGGAACAGCUCAGCCAGCUCUGGAGGAGGAGUGUCCUUUAAACUUUCUCUGACCGCAGAGCAUUCUGGGAGCUACCACUGCACAGCUGACAAUGGCCUGGGGGCCAAAAGCAGUUAUACAAUGUCACUCAAUGUCAGAGUUCCAGUGUCUCGCCCUGUCCUUACUCUCUGGACUCCUAGGACCCAGUCUGUGGUAGGCGACUUGGUGAAGCUUCACUGUGAGGCUCAGAACGGCUCUCUCCCGAUCUUAUAUCAGUUUUACCAUGAGGAUGUCACCCUGGGGAAUAACUCAGUCCUUUCUGGAAGAGGUGCAUUCUUCAAUCUGUCUCUGACCGAAGAACAUUCUGGGAAUUAUUCCUGUGAAGCCAGCAAUAGCCUGGGGGCUCAGCUCAGUCAGGUGGUGACACUCAAUGUCAAAGUUCCAGUGUCUGCCCCAGUCCUCAUCCUCAGGGCUCCAGGGGCCCAGGCUGUGGUGGGGGACAUGGUGGAGUUUUACUGCGAAGCCUGGAGAGGCUCUCCCCCAAUCCUGUACCGGUUCUAUCAUGAGGAUGUUAUCCUGGGGAACAGCUCUGUCUCCUUUAGAGGAGGAGUGUCCUUCAACCUCUCUGUGACCGUAGAACAUUCUGGAAACUUCUCCUGUGAGGCUGACAAUGGCCUGGGGGCCCAGCGCAGUGAGGCAGUGACACUCUCCAUCAGAGGUUUCCCCUCAGGGCUAACAGGAAGCAGAAGUGGCUCUGUGGCCACAGGAGUCACCGGGGGGCUGCUCAGCAUGAUGGGCCUGGCUGCUGUGGCACUGCUGUUCUAUUACUGGCUCCCGACAAAAGCAGGAGAAAAAUCCACCUCUGACCCUACCAGGACUCCUUCUACCUCGGACCUCCAAGAGCCCACCUACCACAAUGUACCAACCUGGAUAGAACUGCAGCCAGUGUACAGCAAUGUAAAUUUGAAAGGAGAAGACGUGAUUUACUCAGAAGUCCGGAACAGCAGAGGAAAAAAGACCUAUGCAGUGCCCUCUGCACCAAGACUUCUUGAGGACCAGGACUCCUCUGUCAUCUACUCCUUGGUGAAAGUGGUAUCAACUCCGGGGUCCUCAGCUGCUCACAGAUAGAUCUACACAUCUCCCCAGUUGCUGUCUCAACCUCUAACCCCCAACACCAUCCUUGGGGAGGAAAGGCACUGAAGUGGGAAGAUUUAAACUGCUCAGGGCUCCUUCCAGCAGCCUUGGUGUCAAGUUGCUCACACUCUCAGUCUGAUCAGAACUCAGGGCCCCUCUGGACUCUCACCUAUUUUCCAACUUACAGCCCUGCCUUAGCAGUCUUUUUGUCUAAUGACACAUUGCUGUCAACCCAGGGCCCCACCAGGUCUCCUGGCUUUCUUAGGCGACUUUGGCCACUAUUCUCAGUCCUGCUUCCAUACACAUCCCAGCAUUCCUCAUGGGGAGGAUGGCUCCUGAACUCCAACAUGGAUGUCCCGCUUUCAGCAGGUGGAUUUCUCAACUGCCAUCAUCCCGGUGAGGUUACUGAGGUGCUCUGUCAAGUGGGGCAUCACACGCCCACAGAGACACAUACACUGGACUUGUUAUGGGCCUCCCCACAGUUGGACUGUACUUCACACUCCCCCACCUGCUUGAAACUCUAAGGUUAGCACCUGACACCAGGUUAUCAUCUCUCCUGCCCAUGUGCCUAUAUCUACCUGCCCAAGUAGGUGGCUGUCACACCCAGGUCCCAGAUCCUGCCCAUCAUGCCAGAAGUAACAAAAAAAAGUCAUAGCCAGGAGGACUAAGGAUGUAGGUGGAAAACGUAUUGGAAUUUAGAAGUUGCUCAAUCACGAUUGAUUGAUUGAAUGAAAGAAUGAAGAGAUGAAUGAAUGAAUGAGGAAGACACUAUGGGUAAUUAUAAGUCAUUCUUAACCUAAAACUGGAAUCCUAUCCAGUGGGCUUCUGAGGAAAUCCAGGAAGUACUCCCCUCUUCCCAGUGGAAGAAAUAAACUAAGAGAAGGAGUUUGGGUUAGAAAGGCUCUGCUCGUUAACAUGGAGGUCUUCUCAGACUUUAGUGUGUUUAUGGAUCACUUAGCAUCUUAUUAAAAUGCAGAUUCUGAUUCAAGGGAUCUGGGUGGAUCCUGAGAUUCUGCAUUUCUAACAAGCUCUCAGGUGAUACCGAUGCUGCUGGUCCUCGGACUACACUGAGUAAAGAGGCCUUAGUAGGUUUAGAAGGUUUGGGGCAAAGAAUUAUUUUACCCAAAGAAUUUGGUCUUUGUCCUAGCUUCCCGGGAGAGAACCCCUUGGAAUCUUGGAAUUUCCUGAGUUAUUGGAGUGUUUUUAUUUUUCAUGGAGGACUCCAGACCACAAAUCAUAGCUAAUGCUAAUGAGAUGGGCUCAGAAGACCCACACAGUCAUCAGCCUGACCUUUGGGGAGGGAGAGGAGGCAAACUCCAGAGACAGUUCAAUAAUGUGGGCAGUGAGUCGAUCAAUCAUGCCUACAUACUGUCUCUUAUUUAUGCUGGUCCCGAUUUGUUUCCUCUAUAAUAAAUCUUAAGUAUAUAAUCAUAAUACUUCCCUGAGUGCUUUAAAUUGUUGUAAAGGAUUAUCAAACCUGAGAGCAUAGUGGGAACCCCCAAAUUUUUAACCAGCAUGUCAGAAGUGCAGGUGUUCUGGGGACCCCCUGAGCUUUGGUUGGUGUCUGAAGUCUUGGGUAGACUUGGCAGUCUGGAAAAAUGUUCCCUUUUGCCUAUAAGAUCUGACCUAGUUCCAGGUGGUUAGAGUCACAAGAAGAACAGUUAGUGAACUGAAUAGACUCGAUGAUAACGGGUUUGGUUUGGGUUUUGGUUGAUAUAUAGAGAUACAAAGUAAAGUAUUAUAAUGACACGUACAAAGACCUGGAGAUAGAGAAGAACACUCGGCAUUUCUCAAGCUGAAAGAACUGAAGGAAAAAUUCAAGCCCUGAGUUGCAAUAUUUAAGGAUUGUACCAGGAAAAUAUUAAAGGAUGCAGGAAACAUCAAAAGAAGAUGGAAGGAAUAAAAAAAGUCACUAUAUCAAAAAGAAUUGGUUGAUGUUCAAGCAUUUCAAGAGGUAGCGUAUGAUCGGGAACUGAUGGUACUGAAGGAAGAGAUCCAAGCUGCACUGAAGACAUUGGUGAAAACCAAGGCUCCAGGAAUUGUCAAAAUACCAACUGAGGUGUUUCUGCAAACAAAUGUAGCACUGGAAGCGCUCACUAGUAUAUGCCCCAAAAUUUGGAAGACAGCUUCCUGGCCAACCAACUGGAAAAGGUCCAUAUUUAUGCCCGUUCCUAAGAAAGGUGAUCCAACCGGAUGCAGAAAUUAUUGGACAAUAUCAUUAAUAUCACAUGCAAGCAAAAUUUUGCUGAAGAUCAUUCAAAAGCAGCUAAAGCAGUACAUGGACAAGGAACUGCCAGAAAUUCAAGCCAGAUUCAGAAGAGGACAUGGAACAAGGGAUAUUAUUGCUAAUGUCAGAAGCAUCAUGGCUGAAAGCAGAGAAUACCAGAAAGAUGUUUACCUGUGUUUCAUUGACUAUACAAAGGCACUUGACUUUAUGGAUCAUAAAUUAUGGGCAGCAUUGUGAAGAAUGUGAAUUCCACAGCACUUAAUUGUGCUCAUGAGGAACCUGUACUUAGGUCAAGAGGCAGUCAUUCAAACAGAACAAGGGGAUACUGCAUGGUUUAAAGUCAGGAAACGUGUGUCAGGGUUGUAUCUUUUCACCAUACUUAUUCAAUCUGUAUGUCGAGCAAAUUAUCCGAGAAGCUGGACUGUAUAAAGAAGAAUGGGGCAUUAGGAUUGGAGGAAGACUCAUUAACAACCCGUGAUUGUGAUAUGCAUGUGACACAACCUUGAUUGCUGAAAGUGAAGAAUACUUGAAGCACUUACAGAUGAAGAUCAAAGACUACAGCCUUAGUAUGGAUUAUACCUCAACAUAAAGAAAACAAAAGUCCUCACAACUGGACCAGUAAGCAACAUCAUGAUAGAGAAAAGAUUGACGCUUUCAGGGAUUUCAUUUUACUUGGAUACGCAAUCAACGCCCAUGGAAGAAGAAGUCAAGAUAUCAAAAGAUGCAUUGCACUGGGCAACUCGACUGCAAAAAAUCUCUUUAAAGUGUUGAAAAGCAAAGAUGUCACCCAUACUGUUUUCAAUCACAUUAUAUGCAUGAGAAAGUGGGCAAUGAAUAAGGAAGACCAAAGAAGAAUUGAUGCCUUUGAAUUAUGGUGUUGGCAUAGAAUAUUGAAUAUACCAUGGACUGCCAAAAGAACGAACAAAUCUGACUUGGAAGAAGUACAACCAGAAUGCUCCUUAGAAGCAAGGAUAGCGAGACGAGAUCACAUCUCACAUAUUUUGGACAUGUUAUCAGAAGGGAUCAGUCCCUGGAGAAGGACAUCAUAUUACUAAGCACUUCAUUUCACAUUGCCACUCAAACUAGGAUAAAUUUGUGUGUCUACCACGACAACAAAACUACUAGGUAUGCAGUGCUAAGACGUACAGAUAGACUUGGCACAAGGUCUGAUGGACCAUAGAUACCUCCUCUAAGUUGUGGGUGAGGUAUGAAAAGUUAUCUGAGGUUUGCAUUACAGCUUUUGAGGACAUGAGCCAUUUGAAAUGAGAUGUUUCUAGUGGAGAACCAAGCAUACAAAUUGUGAUGUGAGCAUAUUUGAAUGAGUAAAUUCCAACAAAUUACUCAUGAAGCUUCCAGCUGGAAAAUGGUGUUAACCCAUUAGAAUCACAAUUUCUUAAGAAUUUGGUAACUUUCCUGGAAGGGCAAGAGUUCUGUGACAGACGUUGGUCUUCUCUUGAUGAGACAGAGUUUAUUGAAGAUGGACUCUUACUGUUGUAGGGCCAACUACCAAGCAGACUCUAAAACCGAUGUUGAAGGGAAUCUGUUACCAGAAAAAAGAGACAUUAAGAAGAAAUACAGUGCCAAUGACUGAAGAUACACCAUGGUGUGGCCUUGAGGAAGAGAAGUGACAAAGAUUAGGAGAAAGUUUGCAAUGUCCUGUGUUAGAAACCAUGUUGUUGUUGUUGUUAGGUGCGGUCGAGUCAGUUCCAACUCAUAGUGACCUUAUGCACAACAGAACGAUACACUGCCCAGUCCUGAGCCAUCCUUAUAAUCAUUGUUAUGCUUGAGCUCAUUGUUGCAGCCACUGUGUCAAUCCACCUCGUUGAGGAUCUUCCUCUUUUCCAUUGACCCUGUACUCUGCCAAGCAUGAUGUCCUUCUCCACGACUGAUUCCUCCUGACAACAUGUCCAAAGUAUGUAAGACACAGUCUCUGCAACCUCCUUGCUUCUAAGGAGCAUUCUGGUUGUACUUCCUCUAAGACAGAUUUGUUCGUUCUUUUAGCAGUCCAUGGUAUAUCCAAUAUUCUUUGCCAAUGCCACAAUUCAAAGGCGUCAAUUCUUCUUCGGUCUUCCUUAUUCAUUGUCCAGCUUUCACAUGCAUAUGAUCCGAUUGAAAAUACCAUGGCUUGUGUCAGGCACACCUUAGUCUUCAAGGUGACAUCUUUGCUCUUCAACACUUUAAAGAGGUCCUUUGCAGCAGAUUUACCCAAUGCAAUGUGUCUUUUGAUUUCUUGACUGCUACUUCCAUGGCUGUUGAUUGUGGAUCCAAGUAAAAUGAAAUCCUCGACAACUUCAAUCUUUCUCUGUUUAUCAUGAAGAGGUCUUGAAGCACUAAUAAUGAAGAUCAAAGACCACAGCCUUCAGUAUGGAUUGCGCUUCAACAUAAAGAAAACAAAAAUCCUCACAACUGGACCAAUGAGCAACAUCAUGCAUUGAGAUUAGAAAAAUUUAUUCAGUGAGGAACCAGAAGUGGCCAGGGGAUGGCUGGCUAGAGCAUGGUAUUGUAGGAGAAUGUAUAAUGAAGCCUUACUGAAGAGUCCUGGAUUUCACCAGGUGGCCCUCCAUAUUACUGUUUUUGGUGAAGCUAUUUGAGGAGAAUGAAGAGAUGGUGGCGGUAUUUUUCAAGUAGAUCAAAAUGACUGGGUUGGAGUGGGAGAUAUCAGUUCAAGUUUAGGAAUUGGGAAGUAAUUUAGUUAUGAUGAUCCCCUAAAGUUAGGUUUCUGAAAAGCAAGUGUCUGGGUGGAGGGCAAAACAGCUCACCAGUUGUAGUCACAGAGGAAUCCUUAGACCAAAUGUGUAAGUAUUGUCAUAUAAACUGCCAACUAAUUAAUCUUUAAUUAAUCUUUAGGUAUCUGGGGUCACCAGGUGGUGACCAGCAGAGAGUUGUCAUAUACACAACAGCACAACAGGUAUUAUGACCCAGCAAAUGCUGGUAUAUGUAGUGUAGAUUCAGAUAAACCAAAGCAUUACCCUGGGUUUUGGGAGGCAAAAAAAUCCCCUCUUAUUGUUUCAGUUAAGGCAAGAAAGGGGAUCUUGCGGCAGACUGUGACCAGAGACAAACUCCACCCUGGGAGUCCAAAAUUAAGGUCAAAAAAUGAGAGUGGAAUCAGAGUGGUGUGUAGUUCUAGACUUAGAGGUAAAAGAAUUUUGUAUAUAAACUGUUUCGUUCCUCUUGUAAGAGGAAAAGACCCAGGGGAGAGAGGCUGAUGCAGGCAGGAUGUCCACCGAAUGAUGCUCUCCUCCAGUGAGCAGGACUGUGUCACCAGGCUCUGAAGAGGGAGGUCAUGGCAGCAGAUCACCUUUACUCCAUAUGCUGCCAAAUCUGAUCAAACCACACGUGCACAUUUCCAGGCUAAAAUCCCCUAGGGUGGAGGUUUGCCGGGCUGGGUUGGGCGGAUGAAGGCAGAUUUAAUGAGCUUAUGCCCCAAGGAGAGGGCCAAGACAUAAGGACUGUAAAGUUUCAGUACCAUAAAAAUUGACCUAGAGGAGAGUUCUUUUCGAGGACCACACAGGUGCUAUAAGUAAAUAUGGUGAUUUGUCUUCCCCACCCUUUUGGGAGAGAAUCUCUAGGAAGCUUCAGAUAUUUUUUUGAGAAGAUGUAUUGAGAUGGAGAAUACCUUAUUCCCCCAGAUUCUGAAGAGGCUGAAGGAGAGCGACUGGCCUGGCUGGGAAAUUUUCAAGAGACCAGCAAUUGGAGUGAAGAGACUGGACUCCCCUAUGAGGGCCCUAAGCAUGGUGGGAAGAGUAACUUGAAGGGGAAAGUAGGGUUUGACAGGAAACAGUCAGUGAGGGAGUGUCAACCCGAUGGCAGAGGCUACACAAUGUAAUUCCUCCUGUGACAACCCCCAGAUGUUCAGUGAAAUUACUAAGCUGGUGAGAUGAUUAGCUCAACUGGAUAAUUUAAUGAAACCCAAAUAGGGCAUAUCUGAAACAACAGGAGGGCUUUAGUAAUGGAGAAGGUACAGGGAGGGGACUAAGAGAAUGUAGGGUUCAAAGAUUGCCAAACACAGUAGGUGGAUUUGACCAUCCUAGGCUAUGAAAGUGAGGUUCAGACCAGAUCUAAUGAGAAAUUAAUGUCUGAGUUACAUAAACAUGAACAUUCCAAGAAAUGCUAGACCAGAUGAUCACUUCAUUGAGAAUGUUCAGUGAUAGGGGUGCCAUUAGUCAGUGGUGCAAUGGGGGUGGCAGUCAGGGUGAGGCAGAAAUUCAAAUGGUCCCUCCCUACUCAGGCUCUAUGAGUCUGUAAUACAAUGAAUUAGUCAAGCCUCGACAGGGAUUGAUCUGAUGUUCUUCCUCUUCUCAACUAUCACCACUUCACCACCCCCACCCUGCCAGCAGAGCAAACUGAACAGAGCCCAUCAUUAUGAGCCAUAUAUAUGGGGGUGAAAUCAAUGACUUCCCAGAACAUUUAAAACAAGCACUUCUCUGUCUCUGUCCUCAACUGGCCCUCAUGAAUCUGAUUAGUAAGGUCUUCCUUGGCCUUUUCCAACUGCUUUGUAACUGAAUCUCUCCAGAGGAAAACAAUUCUUCCUCAGAUUCUAUGUUACAGGACCUAUCUGUAUCUGCUCAAGAAACGGCUCAUGCACCCUCCAAUCCUGAACUUUCCUUAUAAGUGAAAUCUUUUCUUGGGACACUUGGGAUGAGGGGCAGGGCACACAGAGGAAAAACAAGCCCAUAAUUUGUUUAGGUCACUCAAUCACUAGCUGCCAAACACAAAUUCUACUGACACAGAUGGUUCUUGCAAUAUUUCUUUAAAGUACAGGAAGGAUGUAAACAACCUAAACGUCCCCAUCAUCCAAUUUCCUGAGGUUUUCUAGAUCCAAUUCCAGUCCCCGUACAUGGGGAUCCUUACACUGACCCCUUUUUCUCCUAAAGAAGCUUGACCUGGACCCCACUUCAGCACAUUCCCCACUCCCCUCAAUGUGCGGGAGAACCAACUUGUAAUGCAAAUAUUUUUAAAUUUCUGGAAGUUUAAACACAUGAAGUAAACUAGCUUCAGUAAUCAUAAUUCGUAUAUAAAACCCCAAUUAUAUCAACAAAAACUGGGAAGUGGUAGAGAGAGAGAAGAAAAAUGCUCAGUUCUGAUCUAACGGGGAAGUAAACAGAUGUCCUUCUAUUUAUAACAAAAGAAACAAACCCAUUGCCCUCAAGUCAAUUCUGACUCCUAGUGACCCUAUAGGACAGAAUAGGACUGCCCCAUAGGGUUUCCCAGGCUGUAAAUCUUUACGGAAGCAGAAUGCCACCUCUUUCUCCCAAGGAGCAAGUGUUGGCUUCAAACAGCUGACCUUUUGGUUGGCAGCCCAGCACUUUAAUACCUGAGUGACACACACACCACCAGUUGUUGUGCAGCCGAUUUCAACUCCUCGUGACCCAAUAAGACAGAGUAGAACUGCCCCACAGGGUUUCCAAGGAGCAGCUGACAAAUUCUAUUCAUUCCGUUGUUAGAAUAACAGUAACUCCAAGCUCUUUCUUUUUUAAUUUAAAGGAAACCACUAAUAAAAUUGAUAACAGGAUAUUUAUCUUCAAAAUUAUUAGGAGACAGAGAAAGCAAAGUCCAUACUAGUGGUCUGUAGGCCACUUUUUAUGGCAGGAGUGUGCAAAAUAAGGUAAAAGAUUUUAAGCAGGCAACACUACCAUAUGUAUAUUUAUUAAUUUGUAAAUUGCAUGUUUUAAAUUGUAAAUUGUACAUUUUAAACCACGCACCCAAUAACAAAAUCUUUAGAAGGUUGAGAUAAAGAUUAAAUGAACAAUAUUCUAAUAUCUUGCAGUUCAUGCCAGGUUCCUACACCAUUAGCUAAUACGUCGAGGCUCAAUAAGCUUUUAGGCUCAGGGGUCUUGUGAUGGAUGUUAUGUGACAACUUAGCUAGGUUGUGAUUCUCAGUGGUUUGGCAGACACUAUGUAAUCGCUUUCCACUUUGGGAUCUGAUGUGAGCAGCCAAUCAGUUGAAAGUAAGGUUUCUUGGGGGUAGGGCCUGCUUCCGGUAUAUAAAUGGAUGUUCUGGCAAAGUUCCCUCUCUCUUGGCCCUGUGCUAUUCUCAUUGCCUGACCUCUGGUUCUUGGUACAUAAACCUGCAGAAGUCUUGGCCUGCCUCCUGACCUGCAGAUCUUGGGUUCAUCAGCCCCUGCAACCAUAUGAGCCAGUAGAGGUCUUCAGCCUGUCGCCUGACCCAUGUAUUUGUGUCUUGCCAACCCCCACAAUUGUCUGAGCCAUUUCCUUACAAUUGUAUGAGCCAUUUCCUUGAAGUAAGUUUCUCUCACUCUGUCUAUAUAUAUACACACACUAUACGCUUAUAUACUAUUUAUAUGGUUUUGCUCAUCCAGAGAACCCAGACCAGGUCAGAGUGGCAGGGAAAAUCUGAAUAUUAAAAAUCAGGAAAGGUUUCUUUCUUCCUUACUAUAAAUAUAUCAAUAUCUAUUCUUCUAUUUUCUUCUUGUACCACAAUGAAUCAUCACACAUUAACCCACUUUGUGACUACUACUUUAUACAGAACGUAUACAAUGGAUGCUGCUUGGUAUGAACUGGGCCCCAGUUCUGUGUCCUGGCCCCCGGCCCUGUCCACAAAACCCCAUUAUGACUAAAAGAGAGACUGAGCUCUGCCCUUAGACUCACGGGGCCUUGAUUUUGAUUCUGCCACAUACCGGUCAUCAAAUCUUGGGCAAAUUGUAUAUACCCUGGGACAUACACCUCUCUAAGGCUCAGUUUUCUCUCCCAUAAAAUGGAUAUAAUAACACCUAACUUGCAGUGUAAAUUGGGAGAUUAAAUAGCGCACAUUCUUACCAGUGUCUGACAUACGGACACAGAUUUCUUUUUUAUGCAGGUAAUCUGUUACUUUUCUAUCUUGAUGAUUUAGAUGCUGUAAAAUAAAUUUGAAAAAGAUACUGUUCCUUGUUUCACCUUUGACAGUUCGAUCUUAAUACAACAGUUAAAAACAAUAAACGUCUUCCUCUGGGAACCAGUAGGGGAUGGUAUUAACACAGGAACAUGUGCUUUCCCACACUCCCCCUCCCCACCUGUUACACAAUCCUGAAUGUUGUCAACACCUCAGAAAAGGUAGUUCCCACUUACAAAUCAAUAAGAGAAAUGCUAGCACUAUUGUUUAUAAAUUACAAAGAGUAAGAACGAUGAUCACCUCACAGAUAAUCAAACAAAUGCAAAUUAGAAAAACCAGAGAACAUAUGUUGCCUAUCAAAUUAACAUUUUUUUCAAAAUGUGAAUACUUGGUAUUGGCCGUGUGGCAGUGUAACAGGCACACUCGUGUAUUAAAGGCAGUUUUAAAAAUGAGUAAAAAUCUUCUUGGUAGUCCAUUUGAUGUGUCAAAAACAUUUAUAUGCUUUAUAUUUCUGGGAUUCAAUCCUAAGGAAAGACUUCAUCAUGCAGAGGAAGCUUACACACAAAGACGUUCAUUUCAGUCUAGUUAGAGCAAUGAAAAAAUUGAAACUCAGUAAGAGAGUAAAUUAAAGAUGGGCAAGUUACAACCUUACAGUAGUGACAAUAACUGCCAUAGGUAAGCAAUAUUGUCUGGUGACUGAGGAAGUUCUCUUGAGCUGAGAGGAUGAAAAAGACUUGCUUAGAAAGAGACAG